UAUUUGAGGGCUCUGUAUGGCCUCAGCCAAGUUUCAUUGAUUUAUCAUCUCCCGAACAACUUCCAGCACCAAAUUUUGUACUACUUUCAAAGCCAAACAUAACGAAUAAAAGCAAUGAAAGGAAAAGCAGAGGGAUAAAGAACUGAACAGUCCUUGUUGAAUUUGAAGAAUUGAUGAGAUCACAGCUAUGAUUACAUCUGAAGUCUCUAGCUUUACCAUCAAUUGAAAAUAACUAGACACCUCUCAGCUAUAUAAACACUGCCCAGGGCAACUUGCCCUAAGGUGCCCUGUUUUUAAUUCACUAGUUGUUUUAUUUUCUUAUGGAAAAAGACAAUUUCCAGGAGUCAGAAUUAGAGAAGAGUAGAUCUCCCAAAAGAAUUAUCCAUUUCGUUGAUGGAGACAUCAUGGAAGAAUACAGCACAGAGGAGGAGGAAGAGGAAGAAAACAAGGAACAGAAAACGAAUUCAAUACAUGAUCCCUCUACACUUUCAUGGGGGCCCUACCUAUGGUUUUGGGCAGGGCAAAUAGCAAGCACCUCAUUUUCUACAUGUGAAUUCCUUGGUGGAAGAUUUGCUACCUUCUUUGGUCUCAAUCAACCCAAAUAUCAGUAUGUGUUAAAUGAGUACUAUAGAACACAAGAUAAGGAAAGUGACAAGGAAAGUGAAGGGAAUGGAUCAAAGGCCCAGCCAGCCAAGGUUCCUAAUGAAAAGUGUCACCUGGAGGCUGGGGGCCAAGAGUAUGGAACCAGACAACAGCACAUUGCCCAGGGUGUUCUUCAGUGGAGCACCUCAUCUGGGGAGGGCCUGGCAGCAGAUUUCAACUCAUAAUGGGCCCCAGGACUGUAGUUCCUCUGAAUGUCUGUUUCUCCACCACUCAUGAACCAUGGCAACGGCACAGAGGUUGUGCUUCUGAGCGAGACCCGAUCUUAAUCUCCUUGUGAUUUAUUCUCCAGCAUCCAGUGAUUGAAAGCAGUGAUGAGAAUUAUGGAUGCUUUGUCAAUUUUAUGAGCCCCCCAUACCAAGUCAACUCCUCCCCCACCCACCCCACCGUAAUGCAAAUCUUGCUAGUCAGUUGUGAUCUCUUAUUAUUGAUGUUUGCAAAUAAAUGCAAAUGCCUGGAAGAAUUUGGAUCUGGCAAUUUUGGACUGAAACUCUUCAUCGUGCGGCUAGGGUGCAUAAAAGAAGCUGUUCCUCAGAAGAAACUUUGGGCAUUAUGAAGUCUAAAUAAGUCCCCUUUCAGGGUUUGACGUAAGGUGUUUGCUUUCCAGUAGCCACCCUGGCUUAGUUGGGGCUUGCUUUACAAUAAGCAAACAUUGCUAGUAACUUUGUUACAAUAUAUCAAAGUCUUUAAGAAUUGGGUGCAUUUCCCCCCACACAAUUAAAAACAAUAAUCUAAGCUCUAUAAAAAGUAUUUGAAAAAUGGAUGAUUUUGUUUAUUUGUCAGCAAAAUUUCAAAACCUGGAAAGAUCAAACAUGGAGAUCAUAGCUAGAUAUCACAGGUUGUGCGGGCGAGAGGUCGCUGUGAUAGAACAGAAAAACACAGG